UGAUGCCGCCACCACCACCACGGAGCAAGAAGCCCAGAUAGACAGCCCCGGGUCGUGGAGCCCCUGCCUGCCACCUGAUGCUUGCAGUGGAGCCCGCCAUGGACGGGGAGUACCCUCAGCAUGAACCCCCACCGGCAGGCAGCGUCCUAUACAGCCCACCGCCCCUGCAGAACGCCAUGCUGCAUUACCCCUGGUGGAACACCUUCUCUCCGGUGCCCUACCCAGCCUUCUCCAGCGAGAGCCACCCGUUCCUGAGCUCUGCCUCCUUCCUCGGCGGCCAGCCCUGCCCAGACACCAGCUACGCCCCUGUGGCCACUGCCUCCAGCUUCCCGCCAAAGAGCUACGACUUUCCUCAGGACCCCUCGUACCUCGAGGACCUCUCCAACACCUCCAUCUUCUCCUCAUCCGUGGACUCCCUGUCGGACAUUGCAGACACACCCGACUUCCUGUCGGCCGACAGCCUCAGCCAGGUGCCCACCAUCUGGGAUGUGAACACCCCCUCCUCUGCCCACGACAAGCUGUUCCUGCCCAGCGGGUCAUUCCCAGGCCUCGAGGACCCUCUGUCUUCCCUCUCUAGCACUCCGCUUCUUGGCAGCUACCAGGACAUUCAGGCACAGACUCAGCCUGAGGAGGAGGAGGAGGCAGAGGAGGAGGAGGCGGAGGAGCUGGGCCACACGGAGACCUAUGCCGACUACGUGCCAUCCAAGUCCAAGAUCGGGAAGCAACACCCGGACCGCGUGGUGGAGACCAGCACCCUGUCCAGCGUCCCACCGCCGGACAUCACCUACACCCUCGCCCUGCCCGCCUCGGACAAUGGGGCCCUGUCCGCCCUGCAGCUGGAGGCCAUCACCUAUGCCUGCCAGCAACACGAGGUCCUGCUCCCCAGCGGGCAACGGGCAGGCUUCCUCAUCGGUGAUGGGGCCGGUGUGGGCAAGGGCCGCACCGUGGCCGGAAUCAUCCUGGAGAACCACGUGCGUGGCAGGAAGAAGGCUCUGUGGUUCAGCGUCUCCAAUGACCUCAAGUACGACGCAGAGCGCGACCUGCGGGACAUCGACGCCCCUGGCAUCGCGGUGCACGCACUGAGCAAGAUCAAGUACGGAGACAGCACUACCUCAGAGGGUGUCCUCUUCGCCACCUACUCCGCCCUGAUCGGGGAGAGCCAGGCAGGCGGGCAGCACCGCACACGCCUCCGGCAGAUCCUCGAGUGGUGCGGUGAGGCCUUCGAUGGUGUUAUUGUGUUUGACGAAUGCCACAAAGCCAAGAACGCCAGCUCCACCAAGAUGGGCAAGGCCGUGCUGGACCUUCAGAACAAGCUGCCCCGAGCCCGGGUGGUCUACGCCAGCGCCACAGGUGCCUCUGAGCCUCGGAACAUGAUCUACAUGAGCCGUCUGGGCAUCUGGGGUGAGGGCACACCCUUCCGGACCUUCGAUGAGUUCCUGCACGCCAUUGAGAAGAGGGGAGUGGGCGCCAUGGAGAUUGUGGCCAUGGACAUGAAGGUCAGUGGUAUGUACAUUGCACGCCAGCUCAGCUUCUCUGGUGUCACCUUCCGCAUCGAGGAGAUUCCAUUGACCCCGGCCUUUGAGUGUGUCUACAACCGUGCAGCCCUGCUGUGGGCCGAGGCCCUGGGCAUGUUCCAGCAGGCAGCCGACUGGAUCGGCCUGGAGUCACGCAAGUCCUUGUGGGGCCAGUUCUGGUCAGCUCACCAGCGCUUCUUCAAGUACCUGUGCAUUGCUGCCAAGGUACACCGGCUGGUGGAGCUGGCCCGCGAGGAGCUGGCCCGUGGCAAGUGCGUGGUCAUCGGGCUGCAGUCCACAGGUGAGGCACGGACACGGGAGGUGCUGGGCGAGAACGACGGGCACCUGGACUGCUUUGUCUCGGCCGCCGAAGGCGUCUUUCUGUCACUAAUUCAGAAGCACUUUCCUUCAACCAAAAGGAAGCGGGACAGAGGAGUGAGCAGUAAGAGAAAACGGCGGCCACGGGGCCGCGGGGGCAAAGUCCCCAGGCUGGUGUGCGAGGCAGCAGGUGUGAUCCGCAUCAGCGACGACAGCAGCACUGAGUCAGAUGCUGGUCUGGACAGCGACUUCAACUCCUCUCCUGAGUCCCUGGUGGACGAUGACGUGGUUAUUGUGGACACCAUCGGGCUCCCCCCAGAUGACCGAGGUCCCCUGUUCCCCCCGCAGAGGGACCUGCAGGGUCCUGGUGUCCUGGAGCGGGUUGAGCGGCUGAAGCAGGACCUGCUGACCAAGGUGCGGGCACUGGGCCAGGAACUGCCAGUCAACACCCUGGAUGAGCUCAUUGACCAGCUCGGGGGUCCUGAGCGGGUGGCCGAGAUGACUGGGAGGAAAGGCCGGGUUGUGUCCAGGCCUGAUGGGACGGUGGCCUUUGAGUCACGGGCGGAGCAGGGCCUGUCCAUUGACAACGUGAACCUCAGGGAGAAGCAGCGCUUCAUGAGCGGCGAGAAGCUCGUAGCCAUCAUCUCGGAGGCCUCCAGCUCAGGCGUCUCCCUCCAAGCUGACCGACGGGUGCAGAACCAGCGGCGCCGCGUGCACAUGACGCUGGAGCUGCCCUGGAGCGCCGACCGCGCCAUCCAGCAGUUCGGACGCACUCACCGCUCCAACCAGGUAUCGGCGCCCGAGUACGUCUUCCUUAUCUCGGAGCUGGCCGGGGAGCGGCGCUUCGCCUCCAUCGUGGCCAAGCGCCUGGAGAGCCUGGGCGCCCUGACCCAUGGAGACCGCCGCGCCACCGAAUCCCGUGACCUGAGCAAGUACAACUUCGAGAACAAGUACGGCAUCCGGGCCCUGCACUGUGUCCUCACCACCAUCCUGAGCCAGACGGAGAACAAGAUGCCCCCGCCGCAGGGCUACCCAGGAGGGGUCACCGCCUUCUUCCGGGACAUGAAGCACGGCCUGCUGUCGGUUGGCAUCGGCGGGCGGGAGUCCCGGUCUGGCUGCCUGGACGUGGACAAGGACUGCUCCAUCAGCAAGUUCCUCAACCGCAUCCUGGGGCUGGAGGUGCAGAAGCAGAACGCGCUGUUCCAGUACUUUUCGGACACGUUCGACCACCUCAUUGAGGUGGACAAGAAGGAGGGGAAAUACGACAUGGGCAUCUUGGACCUGGCUCCAGGAAUUGACGAGAUCUACGAGGAAAGCCAGCAGGUGUUCCUGGCCCCCGGACACCCACAGGAUGGGCAGGUGGUCUUCUACAAGAUCAGUGUGGAUCGUGGCCUGAAGUGGGAGAAGGCGUUUGCCAAGUCACUAGAGCUGACAGGCCCCUACGAUGGCUUCUACCUGUCCUACAAGGUACGGGGUAACAAGCCAAGCUGCCUUUUGGUGGAACAGAACCGUGGCAAGCACUUCACUGUGUGCAAGCCCAACAUUGGCCGACAGAGCCAACUGGAGACCUUGGACACUCUACGCCGCAAGUUCCACAGGGUCACUGCAGAGGAGGCCAAGGAGCACUGGGAGAGCAGCUACGCCUUCUCGCUGACACAUUGCAGCCACACGGCGUGGAACCGGCACUGCCGGCUGGUGCAGGAGGGCAAAGACUGCGUGCAGGGCCUGCGGCUGCGGCACCACUAUGUGCUGUGCGGCGCACUGCUGCGCGUGUGGGGCCGCGUGGCCGCUGUCGUGGCCGACGUCAGCAGCAGCAGCUACCUGCAGAUUGUGCGCCUUAAGACCAAGGACCAGAAGAAGCAAGUGGGCAUCAAGAUUCCCGAGGGCUGUGUGCGGCGCGUGCUGCAGGAGCUGCAGCUGAUGGACGCUGACGUCAAGCGGAGGAAGGCACUCGGCUUGAGCUGCGGCCUGGGCUGCCCUGCGCCCACCCCGCGUGCACUCGCGCUGCCUUGUGGCCCCGGCGAGGUCCUGGACCUCACCUACAGCCCGCCCGCCGAGGCCUUCCCGCUGCCUGCGCGCUUCACCUUCCCGCCGCCACCGCCACCCCUGGACCCCGGCCCUGGUGGGCUGCUGCUGGGCGCCCCAGACACCCCCACUGACCCUGUGGCACUCGCGCACCAGGGCUGCGACAUCAACUUCAAGGAGGUGCUGGAGGACAUGCUGCGCUCGCUGCAUGCGGGGUCAGCCGAGCCCGCCCUGGGGGGCGUCGCGGGGGCAGGGGCGAGUGCGGCGGGAGGCGGGGGUCCUGAGCGGCAGAGCGUCAUCCAGUUCAGCCCGCCCUUCCCCAACUCCUAGGUCCCCUGCACCUGGGCGCCGACCGUGCGCCCUUGGUACACGGAGUUUCUCUCCUAGGAAGUGGGUGGCGAGCAGGGCGAGGUCCCCUGCCGACUACUGAGAGGCACCCCCAGGCCUCGACUGCAGUGCCUUGCCCAAGCCACCUCGUGGCUGCUGUUGGCCUGGGGGACCUCAACGAUACCCGGCCUGGCAGAGCAGCGCUUCGUGCAGGCUCUGCUCAGUAGUACCCGGGGCCAGGGGGCUGGGGCGGGCCCCCUCUGGCCUCUCUCCUCUUCCUCCCCCUCCAGGCAUGGGCAGGGGCUCUGGGCUGGGGGCCCCCCGGCUCUACCCCACCCACCUCACAAGGGCUUCCCAGGCCCCAACCCCUGAAAAUCCGUGAAACUGGGUGGUCCCAAGAGCUGGAAACUCAGGAAACCCCAGGUGCUCAGGGCCCCCCCACGCCUUCUUGGGGGCUCUGUGGGGCAAACCCCCCGUUAAUAUAUGCAAUUUUUCCUCCCCUGCCUCCUCCCUAAAUUAUUGCCUCCCCCCCAGUCUUGCUGCCGAGCUGGCGGCCUCCUGGUUUCUAUGUAUUUAUAAUGAGUUUUAAUGUAUAUAUGUAAAGAGAUCUUUUUUUAAAUAUAUGUGCCUUUUGCCUACUUCC